UUCCCCAAGUCAUCGAGCAGGGAUAGUAUCCUUUGCUGCUCUCCGUCUCCAUUUCUCGACGAAAGGUUCUCUGUUUCUUAUUGUUUUCAGCAUCAAAUCUAAAUGUCGAUCUUUGAGUACAAUGGAAGUGCCCUUGUGGCAAUGGUGGGCAAGAAUUGCUUUGCGAUUGCCAGCGAUCGGCGUCUCGGGGUGCAGCUGCAGACUAUCGCCACGGACUUUCAGAAGAUUUACCGAAUCCACGAUAAGCUCUUCAUCGGUCUCGCUGGCCUCGCUACCGAUGCGCAAACCCUGUAUCAGAGGCUUGUUUUCCGGCACAAGUUAUAUCACCUGCGUGAAGAGAGGGAUAUGAAGCCUGAAACUUUUGCUAGUCUUGUAUCUGCUGUUCUUUAUGAGAAAAGGUUUGGUCCAUACUUUUGCCAACCUGUUAUUGCUGGUUUGGGAGAUGAUGACAAACCGUUCAUCUGCACCAUGGAUUCUAUUGGGGCGAAGGAACUUGCCAAAGAUUUUGUUGUUGCUGGCACAGCCUCUGAGUCCCUUUAUGGUGCCUGUGAAUCAAUGUUCAAGCCUGAUAUGGAACCUGAGGAACUGUUUGAAACCAUCUCGCAAGCACUUCUAUCAUCAGUAGAUCGUGAUUGUUUGAGUGGCUGGGGAGGACAUGUUUAUCUUGUCACACCAACUGAAGUCACAGAGAGAAUCCUCAAGGGAAGGAUGGAUUAAUCUACUGCGCCGCCACAACCAGAAGACAACUUUCUGUAUUUCCAUUACUCAUCUCAAAUUACAAUGAUGUGUUGCUUGAACCUAUUUUGGUUACAGAAUGCUUAGGGAAGUUGUGCUGUUUGACAUCGUCAAUAUUUAGAUUCUAAUUUUCUUGAACUGAUGCUGGAUUUAAUGUCAUUUGUGUUCUUGGGA